GAUAGGUAUGCAGUUGGCUGAUAGCGUUUGGCGGCGCUCAGAUCUUUUGGGGUUGGAACGGGUUCUUUGUCUUCUUCCUUCUUAAACUACUUCUUCCAAUACCAUCACUUUAACAAGAAUCACAAUUGGUAAGAGAAGGUCUUAACCCUUUCUCAACCAUCUCGUUUAUUCGAAGAUGGAAGAGCUACAGACGGAGAAGCAUAGCGACAGCGUUACAGCAUCGAACGAUAUUCCCCAAAUCACACAAAAAGAUGUCAAUCAUGCACAAGUAGAUAUCUCCCCAGAUCAAAUACAACAAACCCUUGAUGAAUUAGACAUCGAUUUCGGACAUCAAUCUGAUCAAGAAACAAAUGAAUUACUUCAAAACGCUGCAGGUGUCAACGGCAGCGCAUUAGCAUCUGUCAAAUUAUCAUCCAAGAAAAAAGAAGCACUAUCACAAGUACCAUGUAAAUUCUUUCGUUCAAAUGGAUGUUCGGCUGGAAACGCUUGUCCGUUUGCACAUAAUAUGCCGGGAGAAGGACCGGGAAAAGCAAUCUGUCAAUGGUAUUUGAAAGGUAAUUGUCGUUUUGGACAUAGAUGUGCUCUUGCUCACAUCUUGCCUGGCCAACCUAUGAGCAUGGAUAGAAAGAACAAACGGGCAGCACAACAACAGCAAGGCGGUGUGAAUGGCAUGCAAGGACAAAUGAUGCCACAACAGCCACAACAAGCGAUGAAUGGAUCGAAUAAACGACUUUCCGGACAGAGAUCUGGCCUUUCGUUCGACUAUCAUCAAAUGGAUCCAAAUGCAGCAAUGCAUGGCAAUGGAGACUUGAUGUUUGGUAUGCCGGAUGAUUUGCAUCAACCACAUCAAAUGAAUCCAAACUAUUCAGGUAAUAUGCAAAGUAUGUCAAGAGUUGUACACUCCGACUGGCCUACGUCAAACGCAGGUGAUGCUCGUCAAGAUGGUAGUGCAUUUGAUGGUUUAGCCAUGCCUUCAUCUUCAACAAUGAUGGGUGGAAGUCCGGCGCCUGCUCAAGUUUUCGGUACGAGUCCUUUCAGUCACCCUGGCUCGAAUUCAGUCUUUUUCUCAGGUCCUCCAAUUCAUGAUGCUUUGAGCAACGGAACAGGAGCAGGCGAUGCUGAAAAGGCAUUCGGAAGAUCAUUCAGUCGUACGACAGACGAAGAUGCAGUUUUGCGAGCAGCAGUCCAGAGAUCUUGGAACGUUCAGCGUGAUAAUGGAGCGGGAGGUGAAGAUGAGCAUGCGGAAGAAUUUUUACCAUCUAGCUUGUCUGAUCUCUUGACUCCUGCUGAACUGGAACGGAGAAGAAGAAGCGUUUUGGCAUCCAAGAACUCCACUUUGUCUGGCGCCAUCAAUGGUCAUUCGACAUCCUCGCAGAGUAUGCCAGCGAAUGGAGGCUUGAGCAGCAGCUUGAAAUGGACAACAGCAGAAGGUAACACUGCAGAGAACAGCAUUUCAUCUGACCUGGAUCCUAUCAUCGGAGGCAUAGAUAGAUCCGCAAAGGCCAUCGGUGGAUCUCGACUAGGGGCAGGCACGACAACGAAUGGUUUCCUAUCUUCCCGAUUACAGAGUGAUCUCACAAGAAGUCGUGAUGCGUGGGGAGAAUCAGGCGUAGUGGGAGAUGGUGCACGAAAAGAAGGUGGCGGAGAAAAAUCGGCUGCUUUCAGUCCCAACUUCAAAGCUGUACUCUCACAUGCUCCCGGUCAAAGUCUACCACAAGGUCUGGCAGCUGGUCUUUCACGCUUGCAUCUCCGAUCGGCUGGUGAUCCAGUGGUAGGAAAUGGAAAUGGAAGCAAUACGAUGACGAGUGGCUUUAAUGUGAAUCGUUCGAGAUUGUCAGGUGUAGAUACGAUUGGGAAUGGGGAAUCAUCUUCUCCAGGUGUGAUUGGUGGUGCACGCUCAAGUGUUGAUGAUUUGGGCCCUACAGUGCCUUCUAGCAUCUUCAAUCAGCGUCAUUCAGGUUUGCACCAUCACUUUGGACGAUCAAUCGGCGGACAAAGUGCCUCAACUUCCUUUGAAACAGGUUCGCUCUCCAAGAAUCAAUUGGGUAACAGUCACGGAAGUCCUUACACCCUUUCACCUGCCAUCAAAGCUGCUGAUGGAGGAAUUGCAAUUCCUACAAACAGUCUAGGAUACACGGACAAAAAUGGAGCGAAUAACGGACAAGGCAUGCGAAGUGGAAGUGUUGAAUCUAGAAGUAGUUUAACGAUUGGUUCAGGACAUCUGUCUCAUACACAACAACGAGCGCAACACCUCUCAACAGGUUCAGGUCAACAUCCAGGUAUUCAUCGUGUUCGAACGAGUGGAACAAUGGGAGGAGGUAUUGGCGCAAGCCCGUUGUCUCUACCAACAACGGGAGAAGAAGUGGAAGAAGCAAUCUUUGAAUUGGAAUAAAGUAUCACAAACGGCAUGACAAGGGAAAAAGUAGGAGGAAAUGGUUUUGUAAUUAUAUAUAGAGCAAUUUAUACAGCCAAAAACAAGUAGGACGAUCGCAUUCGAUCAAACCUGCAUCAGCCACAAAAGGCAACAAAAGUUUCAAAAAAUGAUGGAAAUCAAUUCCAGGGCAGCUGCAAUCUGAUAAAAAUGUACUAUUCAUUUAUGAAAAAAUACUAGCGAAUCAAGCAUGAAAUGUACGAAUUGAUUGAAUGAUGU